UCAUGGGACCGAAAGAUGAUGGAGCAAAAGAUUUGCCGCCGGAAAAAAGGAUGCCGGAGCCGCUUGAAUAUAGACCGCCAACUGCUUCCCUGGUACUGGAGGACGGUACAAUCAUGCACGGGCACAAGUUCGGUGCAGACGGUUGCGCGUAUGGUGAAGUCGUUUUCCAGACCGGCAUGGUGGGCUACCCGGAGUCAAUGACCGAUCCGUCCUAUCACGGACAGAUACUGGUGCUGACGUACCCUUUGAUUGGUAACUAUGGCAUCCCGGAUACUGAUCUGGACGAUUGUGGUCUAAUGCGGCACUUUGAGUCGAACAAUCGUAUCUGGUCUGCUGCAUUGGUGGUGAGCGAAAUAUGUGACGAACCGUCACAUUGGCGUAGCAAGCUCACGCUCUCCAACUGGAUGGCAAAGCACGAAGUGCCAGGCAUUAGCGGGAUUGAUACGCGCGCAUUGACGAAGAAGAUUCGCGAAAAUGGCACCAUUCUAGGUAAGAUUGUACCGGGACGCGUGACAUCGAUUGCUGGCUUGAACUUUAGCAAUCCAAACCUGCGAAACCUGGUAGCGGAGGUGUCGUUGGCCCAACCCCGCACUUAUAACGAAUCAGGCUCGCCGAGAAUUUUGGCGAUUGAUUGUGGGCUGAAGCUGAAUCAGGUUCGUUGCUUUGUAAGCCGGGGCGCCCGGCUGGAUGUGGUGCCAUGGAACGCGCGGCCAAACCCGGACGAGUACGAUGGGCUAUUUCUCUCGAAUGGUCCGGGUGAUCCCGAGAUGUGCCGCGAGGUGGUUGACAAUCUGCGCUCGUUGCUCGCGAUGAAGACGGCCAAACCCAUAUUCGGCAUCUGCCUUGGCCAUCAAAUCUUGUCGACAGCCGCCGGUUGUCGUACGUUUAAGAUGCGGUAUGGCAAUCGGGGUCACAAUCUGCCCUGCAUGCAUCUCGGUACCAGACGUUGCUAUAUGACGUCACAGAACCAUGGUUUUGCGGUUGACUCUAGCGAGAUGCCGGCUGGAUGGGAAGAGUUGUUUACGAACCUGCACGAUGGCACCAAUGAGGGUAUUGUGCACACAAGCAAGCCGUACUUUAGCGUCCAGUUCCAUCCGGAACAUACGGCUGGGCCGGCAGAUUUGGAGGUGCUAUUCGAUCUGUUCCUAGAGGUGGUGUUGGAGUACAAGCAGGAUGCGAAGAAAUCGCACGUUUCGGUGAAGGACCGUUUAAAACAGCGUCUGCAAUACGUGGUGCCGUCAACGAUCGAUCUGGAGUGUCCGAAGAAGGUGCUGAUUUUGGGAUCUGGUGGAUUGUCGAUUGGCCAGGCAGGAGAGUUUGAUUAUUCGGGAUCGCAGGCCAUCAAAGCGCUGAAGGAAGAACGCAUCCAGACGGUUCUGAUUAAUCCAAACAUUGCGACCGUGCAAACCUCGAAGGGUCUAGCGGACAAAGUGUACUUUUUGCCCCUGACGCGCUACUACGUGGAAAAAGUAAUCAAGGCGGAGAGACCCGGUGGCGUGCUGCUUACGUUCGGUGGGCAAACGGCACUAAACGUUGGCGUUGAGAUGGAACGGGCCGGUGUGUUUAGUCAGUAUGGAGUAAAGAUCAUGGGCACCCCAAUCAGUUCGAUCAUUGAGACGGAGGAUCGAAAGCUGUUUGCUGAACGUGUGGCAGAGAUUGGUGAGAAAGUGGCCCCUUCUGCCGCUGUUUACUCGAUCCAGGAGGCGCUUGAUGCGGCCGAAGUAAUUGGCUACCCGGUGAUGGCGCGCGCUGCCUUCUCGCUCGGUGGCCUUGGGUCGGGUUUCGCGAGCAAUGCCGAAGAGCUGAAGGCAUUGGCCAGUCAGGCAUUGGCACACUCGAACCAGCUCAUAAUCGAUAAAUCACUUAAGGGUUGGAAGGAGGUAGAGUAUGAGGUGGUGCGGGAUGCGUACGAUAACUGUAUCACCGUGUGCAACAUGGAGAACGUCGACCCGCUUGGUAUCCACACGGGCGAAAGUAUUGUGGUGGCACCGUCUCAGACACUAUCCAAUCGGGAGUAUAAUUUGCUACGCUCAACAGCGAUCCGCGUCAUACGACACUUUGGCGUAGUGGGUGAGUGUAACAUCCAGUACGCGUUGAAUCCAGAAUCGGAAGAGUACUACAUAAUUGAGGUAAAUGCGCGUCUAUCGAGAAGCUCUGCUUUGGCGAGCAAAGCUACCGGAUACCCGUUGGCGUACGUGGCGGCGAAGUUGGCGCUGGCGAUUCCGCUGCCGGACAUCCGUAACUCGGUUACGGGCGUAACGACGGCCUUUUUCGAGCCAAGCCUGGAUUAUUGCGUUGUGAAGAUGCCUCGGUGGGAUUUGGCCAAAUUUGCGCGUGUUAGCAAGAACAUUGGUAGCUCAAUGAAGAGUGUCGGUGAGGUAAUGGCAAUCGGGCGUACGUUCGAGGAGGCGUUCCAAAAGGCACUGCGGAUGGUGGACAGUGUGAACGGGUUCGACCCAUACUUGAAGCCUGUGAACGAGCAAGAGCUGGAGCAACCAACGGACAAGCGUAUGUUUGUGCUGGCUGCUGCCCUGAAGGCUGGCUACACUGUGGAGCAGAUCUACGAGCUGACGAAGAUUGACCGUUGGUUCCUGCGCAAAUUGAAGGGUAUUAUCGAUUUUACCGACCAGCUGGAGAAACUUGAGCAUGGUUGCAUGCCAGAACCAGCCAUGUUACGGGAAGCAAAGCGACUUGGUUUUUCCGAUCGGAUGAUUGCCCAAUGCGUUAAAAGUACCGAGCUGGCAGUACGCAUGCAACGUAAAGAGCACGGCGUAGUACCCUUUAUUAAACAAAUCGAUACGGUGGCGGGUGAGUGGCCUGCUUCGACCAACUAUCUCUAUCUGACGUACAGUGGCACCGAGAAUGAUGUCGAUUUCCCAGGCCAGUACACGAUGGUGAUUGGUUCCGGUGUGUAUCGUAUCGGAAGUUCGGUCGAGUUCGAUUGGUGUGCGGUCGGAUGUCUCAAAGAAUUGCGUCGAUUAGGCCACAAAACCAUCAUGGUGAAUUACAAUCCCGAAACCGUCAGCACGGACUACGAUAUGUGCGAUCGGUUGUACUUUGAGGAAAUUUCGUUUGAAGUCGUUAUGGAUAUUUACGAUGUGGAGCAACCGACCGGUAUCAUUCUUUCGAUGGGCGGCCAGCUACCCAAUAACAUCGCGAUGGAUCUGCACCGACAGCAGGCACGCAUUCUCGGUACGUCACCAGAAUCGGUAGAUAGUGCUGAAAAUAGAUUCAAGUUUUCGCGCAUGCUCGACCGUAAGGGAAUUUUGCAGCCACGCUGGAAGGAGCUGACAAAUCUGGAAUCGGCCAUAGAAUUUUGUGAGGAGGUUGGCUAUCCGUGUCUGGUUCGUCCAUCCUACGUGCUAUCCGGUGCUGCAAUGAACGUUGCAUACUCGAACCAGGACCUGAAAACCUACCUGAAGCAUGCGUCUGACGUUAGCAAAGAGCAUCCGGUGGUAAUCUCGAAGUUCUUGGUGGAGGCAAAGGAAAUCGAUGUGGAUGCAGUUGCAGCGGAUGGUGUCAUCUUGUGUAUGGCAGUGUCCGAACACGUGGAAAACGCUGGAGUUCACUCGGGUGACGCAACGCUCGUGACACCACCUCAAGACAUCAAUCGGGAGACAUUGGAGCGCAUCAAGGAGAUCGCUCGCGACAUUGCCGAUCUGUUGGAUGUGUCCGGCCCGUUCAACAUGCAGCUGAUCGCGAAAAACAACGAGCUGAAGGUGAUCGAAUGUAAUGUGCGCGUGUCGCGUUCGUUCCCGUUCGUGUCGAAGACGCUUGACUUUGAUUUUGUCGCGCUGGCUACCAGAGUUAUUGUGGGCCAUACGGAUAUUGAGCCGGUGGAGAUUAUGUACGGUCGUGGGUUGGUGGGUGUGAAGGUACCCCAGUUUAGCUUUUCCAGGUUAGCAGGGGCCGACGUAAUGUUGGGAGUAGAGAUGGCUUCUACUGGGGAGGUUGCAUGUUUCGGCGAGAAUCGAUACGAAGCGUAUUUAAAGGCGAUGAUAUCGACUGGUUUUCAGAUACCGAAGAAGUCUAUACUGCUCAGUAUUGGAAGUUAUAAGCACAAAAUGGAACUGUUACCCUCGAUACGCAUCCUAGAGAAGAUGGGUUACAAGCUGUACGCUUCAAUGGGAACUGGAGACUUUUACACCGAACAUGGCGUAGAGGUUGAGAGUGUCCCGUGGACGUUUGACGCGUUAGCUACGGAAGACAAUGGGAACGGGGCUGGAAAUGUGUUGCGUCAUUUGGCCGAAUAUUUGGCCAACAAGCAGUUCGAUUUGGUCAUCAACCCGCCGAUGAGUGGAGGCGGUGCACGCCGCGUGUCCUGCUUCAUGACACACGGCUAUCGUACCCGUCGUCUAGCCGUGGACUACUCCAUCCCGCUCGUGACGGAUGUGAAGUGUGCAAAGUUGCUCGUCGCGGCAAUGCAACGCAUCGGUGGAGCUCCACCGAUGAAGACGCACAUCGACUGUAUGUCCUCGCGUUUGAUGGUAAAGCUUCCCGGAUUUAUCGAUGUGCAUGUACACCUGAGAGAGCCGGGUGCCCCGCAUAAGGAAACGUUCGCUACCGGUACGGCCGCAGCCCUGGCCGGUGGUAUAACGAUGGUACUAGCGAUGCCCAACACCCAACCGGCUAUAGUCGAUAGGGGUGCAUUCCAGCUGGCGUUGGAGAUCGCCAAGAAGGGUGCACGUUGCGACUACGCACUGUACGUAGGAGCUUCUUCGACCAACUUCGGAACUGUGCACGAGCUAGCGUCCCAGGCGGCAGGUUUGAAGCUCUACCUAAAUGAAACAUUCACGACACUCCGUUUGCCCGGGAUCUCUGAGUGGCAAGCGCAUCUCUCCAGCUGGCCUAAGGGAGCGCCACUAUGUGUACACGCGGAGCGGCAAACGAUGGCAGCUGUUUUGCUGCUGGCUUUGCUCACCGAUCGGCCCAUCCACGUGUGCCAUGUAGCUCGCAAGGAGGAGAUACUGCUGAUCAAGGCAGCAAAGGAGCGGGGUCUGAAGGUGACCUGUGAGGUUUGUCCUCACCAUCUCUUCCUGUCAACUGCCGAUCUCGAUCGGAUCGGAGCAGGUCGUGGAGAAGUGCGGCCGGUAUUGUGCAGCCCGGAAGAUCAGCAAGCGCUCUGGGACAAUCUGGACGUGGUGGAUGUGUUUGCAACGGAUCACGCCCCUCACUCCCAGGAGGAGAAGGAAUCGGAUAACCCACCGCCAGGAUUUCCUGGAUUGGAGACUAUUCUUCCGCUACUGUUGACGGCUGUCACGGAAGGGCGGCUUACAAUGGACGAACUGGUCCACAAGUUUCACACCAAUCCAAGACGCAUCUUCAACCUUCCGGAGCAACCGAACACGUACGUCGAGAUCGAUAUGAGCGAAGAGUGGAUCAUACCGGAUCGUCCCCAACAUUCCAAGGCUCACUGGACGCCGUUUUCGGGAAUGCGCGUGAAGGGUUGCGUGCAUCGUGUAGUACUGCGCGGAGAGACAGCGUAUGUCGAUGGGUUGGUGUUGGUCAAUCCAGGCUAUGGGCAGAACAUACGUGAAUGGCAUGGUGGAAAGCCACCGUUGGUAGGCGCUGCUUCCAUUGAACGGAUCGAUGUGCUGAAUCACUCGAUUGGGUCUGGAUCAGGUGUGGGGCUGCGGACGACAGAUCUUGAACAAGAUCUGCAAACCAACGAAGCAUUCUUCCAGCUACUCUCGCCUGACGGUACCAAUGCGCACGUCAAGCAGCUCGGAGUACACUUUGCUGGGGAGCAGGCGGCCCUCCGUCCUGCAUCUCCCCUCCCACCGAGGAUGCGAUGUGAUUCGACCGGGAAUCAGUCUGUGAUCGGCAAACUCGAACCGCUCACCAUACAGACCGGGCAAGGAGGUCUUCGCGAGCGUCAGCUGGCUGGCCGGCACGUGCUAACGGUGGACAUGUUCAACAAGGAACAUCUGAACGAGCUCUUCCAUCUGGCACAAACGAUGAAGACGCGUGUGGCUAAGGACCGACUUCUCGAUGACCUGUUGCGUGGGAAGGUGAUGGCGUCCAUCUUCUACGAGGCGAGUACCCGCACUAGCUGUAGCUUUGCAGCAGCAAUGCAACGUCUCGGAGGUCGUGUUGUGCACGUCGAUGAAACGUCCUCGUCAGCUAGUAAAGGCGAAUCGCUUGAGGAUAGCAUACAGGUUAUUGCUGGGUAUGCGGAUGUGGUGGUAUUGCGCCACCCAUUACCAGGAGCAGUUACGCGAGCAGCUCAACACUGCCGCAAACCGCUGAUCAAUGCGGGUGAUGGUGUUGGAGAGCAUCCGACACAAGCACUGCUGGACAUAUUUACCAUUCGCGAGGAAAUCGGAAAGGUGAACGGAUUAACGAUCACGAUGGUGGGCGAUCUGAAGCAUGGACGUACGGUACAUUCGCUGGCCCGUCUGCUGACGAUGUACAGUGUGAAUUUGCGUUACGUUUGUCCGCCAGGGCUCGAGAUGCCUGACCACAUCAGGGAGUACGUCGACAAGAAAGGCAUUUCGCAACGGCAGUUUGAUUCGCUCGAGUCGGCCAUCGUCGAUACGGAUGUGCUGUACAUGACCCGCAUCCAGCGUGAGCGGUUUGAGAGUGAGCAGGAGUACGAAAUGUGCUGUGGACAGUUGAUUCUAACGCCGCAGAUUAUGACGAUGGCAAAGCGUCGCAUGAUUGUGAUGCAUCCGUUGCCGCGCGUCUUCGAGAUCAGUGUGGAGAUCGACAGUGAUCCCAGGGCUGCAUAUUUCCGGCAAGCCGAGUAUGGAAUGUACGUGCGCAUGGCACUGCUUGCUAUGGUGCUGGGACGAAGUUGAAAAAAGGUAGUACGCAAAAUGAACCCGUCGCCCGUACAAUGUCAGUUCUGGAAGCAUUUAUUCCAAUAUGAAGUAUCUUUACAUAGGAGAGGUGGGUUACUAUAUCUAAACACGAACCUAACGCAAGAACCUAAUGCGUGGCUAAUCCUAAAUGCGAAAAUAACCCUAUACAUGGUGAUGGAGCAAGCAUCCGUUGUGAU